AUGCCGUCCCCUCCACCGCCGUCGCGUCCGGCGCGUCGCCAAUUCAUGACGACCAUGACAGCAGAAAAGGCGGCCUACCAGCAGCGUAACAAGGCGCUGCCCGUGACGCCGACGGCGCCAGCAGAAGCUCGCCCUAUUCACAUGUUUCCCGCCGAACUCACAAAACCUCUCGACGCAGUCGCCGACCCCAUCUUUCUUGAUCCCCUGAUCGCCUUCUACAUUCUCGCUGCUGCCCACGCCGUAGCCGCCUUCUACUUUCCUAUACAAGACUGCGACGAGGUCUACAACUACUACGAGCCCACCCACUACUUGACCGAUGGCUACGGCAAGCAGACCUGGGAGUACUCGCCCGAGUACGCCAUCCGCAGUUGGGGCUAUGUGUCUCUCCAUGCUUUUGUCAUUGGGCUGCGUCGCAUAAUCCCUGUCUGGGGUCUGCCCAAAGUGUGGAAGUUCUACUUCUUGCGCACUGCGCUGGGUGCCAUCUGUGCCGCCUCCGAAGCCAGAUUAUACUCCAAAAUCUCACGCACCCUCAAUCCUAGACUCGGCAUGCUCUUCUUUCUCAUCAUGCUUACAAGUCCUGGCAUGUUCCACGCAUCUGUCUCGUUCUUGCCCUCGUCCUUCUCCAUGUAUACCACUGCACUGGGCAUGGCUGCUUUCAUGGACUGGCGUGGAGGUAUGCGUACUGCCCAAGGAAUGAUGUGCAUGAUUGGAGGUGCCUUCCUCGGCUGGCCUUUUGCAGCUGCCCUCGUCGCCCCCUUUAUGGUCGAGGAGUUCAUGACCGCCUACUUUACCGACAAGCAAGAGUUUAUUGACUUCUGCUACCGUAUCCUUGAUGGUUCCGUCCGCUCCACCAUCGUCCUCGUUCUGCAAUUCUUGUUUGACGCUUUCUUCUAUAGAAGGGUUGCUAUCGUACCCUGGAACAUUGUCUGGUACAACGUGAUUGCUGCUCGUGACGGUAAAGGUCCGGAUAUCUAUGGCACCGAGCCCUGGCAUUUCUACGCACGCAAUCUUUUGCUCAACUUCAAUAUCUGGUUCAUCAUCGCCUUGGCCGCUAUGCCUCUCUACUUCAUCCACACCUUUGUUCUUCGUCAACCUGUUUUCAAGCAGUCGUACCUGCGCGGUGUCUUCUUCCUCACCCCUUUUUACCUCUGGCUGGCCAUCUUCACCCUGCAGCCUCACAAGGAAGAGCGUUUCAUGUAUCCCAUUUACCCUGCCCUGGGCUUUAACGCCGCGUUAGGCUCUCAUAUUCUUCUCACUUGGCUCGGUACUUCGAACCCUCGUUCUCUCAUCGCCAUGAUUCCUGCCAAGUUGAGACUCUUCUUCGCUGCUCUCUGUUUCAUUGCUGCCGUCGACUUCGGAGCUUGGAGAACUCUUGGUAUGAUCACCGCUUACAACGCUCCUUUGAGUGUGUACAAACCUCUGCGCCUUCCUGGUGUCACUCAACCUGGCGAUAACGUUUGUCUGGGCAAAGAAUGGUAUCGGUUCCCUUCUUCCUACCAUCUUCCUAUUGGCGUUAGUGCCAAGUUCGUAAAGAGCGAGUUUAGUGGCCUGCUUCCUGGCGACUUCAGUCAGGCUGGCAAGGGAUUCGGACUGUAUCCAGGCGCAUGGCUCACUCCAAGUGGCAUGAACGACGAGAACAAAGAGGAUCCCAGCAAAUAUCCGUCUCCUCUGGAACCGGAUUACAUCAACCAGACAAACACAUGGGAAAAGCUGUCGUGCAAGCCCUUCCUCGAUGCUUCGCGAACCGGAACCCUCGGUCGCAUUGGAUGGGUCCCUGAUUGGGAGUUCAUUCCGCUCAAGUACCGCCGUCAAUGGGGCGAGUACUGUCUUCUGGGCCGCAAAAAGUCCUCGAGCUAA